AAUGUCCAAAACCCGUAGUAUAACAAUAAAUUCGGAUCGAACUCGUCCACAAACUUAUUACUCUACGAUCCUAUACAAAAUAUAUAUUAUCCUACAAAUUCUAACGAUGGGGACGCUAAGCAAAUAAUUUACGAAACUGAUCGAAGCACCGCCAGAAAUUACAAAAAGCACUAUAGUCAAAACAAGGAGACUAGGCAGAGUUUUGACACUCCUACACCGCCUAGUCAAUCACCAUCCAUUAAUUCCUCUAAAAACUCAUACAACAUCAAACAAAAUGAUAGUAUAUAUACAAUAUUAUUAGUAUUAUUAUUAUUUUUUUUUACAUUCACGCAUAAGGUUAAUUUUACACUGUCGGCUUAUACCUUGAUAAUUUUUAAAUGCAAUUAAACAUUGUCCAUCUUACACAAACCACGUGAACAAAAGGUUGUCAUACUUUGGUGCCCCGAAGCUUAUCAAGAAGCCGACGACAGGGCAGAGCUUCUCACAAGAACCGCUUGGUAGCCGACUAUUGAAAGCAACACUGAAGGAAGCUCUUCCAAGGCUCAAGAGACUGCGAAUCCAGGAGUGUGGUCAUCGAAAACAAAAAGUGGUUUUGUGCUGUGAUGACACUGUACCUUCUUGAUCAACCAAUAACUUUACCUUUAUUUUCAGGAUUUAUAUACGUUUAUCACCAAUUCCCUAUUCAUUGUAUUGUUUUUCUUUUAGAAGAUUCAGAGACGAAUCUUACCGGGCGAGGGUGAUCUGUAAACAGAUUAUUCGUCCAUCACCAGCAUUACCAUUUCAAUACCACACUAGUGCCUGAUCAGCAUAAACGUCCCUACGACCUACUACGGCGUGUUUAGGUUGGAUCCUUAGUCCAUUACUAAUAAAAGAAUAUCCUCUAAAAAGAAGUGACGGCAGUCUGGUUAUUUAUCAUAAUAACAUCCUAAAUUCAUUCUUAAGUUUUAUACCAAUUUCGGUUUAUGAGCGAAUUUAUCCAAUUGUAUAUCUAUUAGAAGCUUUCGAAUUAGCACAUAUUUGUUUUGAAAUGUUUUUCUACUAUACAAUAGUUAUACAAUUUUGUUGGAUGUUAUCAGCUCAAUUGAAAAUAAUUACGUUUAAAUUCGAAUCAUUUGGAUACAAAUAUGUUGAAUUAGAACAGAAAAACGACUCUUACUACAUGAAAAAUUUAAAUCAAAUAUUUUUGGAUCAGACAAAGAUAAACGUUUCAAUUAAGAAAUUUCAUGAAAUCAUGAAACCGAUGACGUGGUUUACUUUUGUAUAUUGUUUAAAUCUUUUAAAUGCUCUCACAUAUGUGUGUAUAUUGAUUUACUUUAAAAAUGACGGUGUAUUAUCUGUUACUUUUGUGAAAAUAUUAUUAGCAACAUCAGUGGUCAUUAUCGAUUUGUUUGUUAUAAGCUAUUUUUAUGGUUAUCUUGAAAAUCAAAUGAAAGUAGUACAGUUUGCUAUGUAUAAUAUUGAUUGGACCAAGAAAAGUAUAAAUUUCAAAAAAAAUCUUUUGUUGGCUAUGAGUUUAAAUAACACUAACAGAUUAAAAAUGAACAUUACUCCACAAAAAUCGUUGAAUCUAGAAGUAUUUGGAUCAGCAAUGCGUGUAUCAUAUUCAAUAAUUUCACUUUUGGCAGAAAAAACAAUUUCAAGAUAAGAGUUUAUUUUGAAUCUUUUGUGUUUUAUUAUAUAUUAAGUUUACUUUGUGUUAAAUUUUACAAUUUUAUU